AUGGGUCUCCUCGAUUCCGUCUCUGGAGCACUAGGCGCCGCCGUCAAGCCUGGCAAGGAGGACCGGGCGCCAGAAGGCGCCAAUGCCGACGAUACCGAGGAGCUCGAUGAGGAAAGCGGGAACAUCCUUCUAAGUCUGAUCAGCCAGCUGCGCAUCGGGAUGGACCUGCACAAAGUUACACUGCCCACCUUUGUGCUCGAGCCGAGGAGCAUGCUCGAACGGAUCACUGAUUUUAUGAGUCACGCAGACUUGAUCUUUGGAGUCGGUAAGAUCGAGGACCCAGAGAAGCGGUUUGUGCAGAUCACAAAGUACUACCUGUCCGGGUGGCAUAUCAAGCCCAAGGGUGUCAAGAAGCCAUACAAUCCAGUCCUUGGCGAGUGGUUCCACUGCUCGUACAGCUAUGCGGAUGGAUCGAAAGGGUACUAUAUUGCAGAACAGGUAUCCCACCACCCACCAAUUAGCGCCUACUUCUACUGCUCACCGGAGAACAACAUGCUGGUAUACGGCGAGCUCAAGCCGAAGUCCAGGUUCCUCGGCAAUUCCGCCGCGACAAUCAUGCAGGGCGAGAGCCGGAUUGCGCUGCUAGACAGACCAGAGGACAAUGAGUACGUGAUCGGAAUGCCGAACAUUUACGCCCGGGGUAUCCUCUUCGGCAAGAUGGUCCUCGAGCUGGGCGACCACAGCAAGGUGGAGAACCCGACGACGGGCAUGGCGUGCGACAUUGAGUUCAAGACCAAGGGUUACUUUUCUGGCACAUACAACGCCAUCGGCGGCAAGGUCACACACAAGGGCAAGGCCGUCGGCGAGCUCAGCGGCAAGUGGUCGGACCAGCUGGACUACAAGCACAUCGCCACGGGCGACACAGACGUCCUGUUCGACGUCAAGGGCGAGAGCAUCGCCGACAAGAUCGUCCGGCCCGAGGCGGAACAGGAGGAGAACGAGAGCAGGCGCCUGUGGAGCAAGGUGACCGAGGGCAUCAAGGAAAAGAACCUCGACAAGGCCACUGAGCACAAGACCACCAUCGAGGAGCGGCAACGCAAGGCCAACAAGGAGCGCGAGGAGAAUGGGGAGACGUACAAGCCGAGGUUCUUUGUGCAGAAGGACGACAAGUUCUACCCUCAAGUCGACGCGCUCCCGGAAGUUUUCCAAGCAGAGCCAGUCAUCAAGUACUUUAGCACCAUGACCUGA